AUGUCCAUCAUGAUAGUCAUGCAGUUUUUCGUGUUUGCCUUACUCUGUCUCCCGUGUUGGGCCAAUGCCGUGCAUCCACCCAUCUUGUCCACUGCUGAAACAGCCACAACAAGCGCCACUGACCACCAAGCGCUCAUGUCAUUGAGGUCUCUGAUUAAAGGAGAUCCAUCCCAAGCACUGGAUUCAUGGGGAAACCAGUCGAUCCCUAUGUGCCAAUGGCGUGGAGUGGCCUGUGGCACGCGUGGCCGCCGCCGCGGUCGCGUCGUAGCACUGGAUCUUCGCAGGCUCAACCUUGUUGGCACCAUUGCCUCUUCCAUAGGUAAUUUAACUUACCUCAGGCAUUUUGGCCUCCAAAAGAACCGUUUUUAUGGUACCAUGCCAUCAGAAGUUGGACAUCUCGUACAACUCGAGUAUCUGAACCUCAGUAACAACUCCAUCGGCGGGGAGAUCCCGCCGACAUUGGCCACUUGUGUGCAGCUUCGAGUUAUCGAUCUCAGGUACAACGUGCAUAAAGGCUCGGUGCCUCGCGAGUUGGCAUCCCUGCAUAAUCUUGAGGUACUGGCUCUUGGGUACAACAACCUUACAGGAAGUAUCCCUGUGGAGAUUGGAAACCUGAAAGCGCUGAAGUAUCUUCAUCUGAGAGCAAACAUGCUAGUAGGAGAAGUACCUACGGAGAUUGGAAAACUUAGAAACUUGACCCAUUUAUAUCUUAACGUCAAUGGUCUGUCAGGUUCCAUUCCUGCCUCUCUUGGAGGCCUCCAGAAAUUGCAGCUUCUGUACCUAUCGAGCAACCAGCUCUCAGAGUCGAUCCCACCUUCCCUAGGGAACCUCUCAUCUCUACUAGUUCUAGUUGUCCAAAAAAAUGGCCUAACUGGUAGCAUCCCUGAAUCGUUAGGAAAUCUGAAUCUCCUCAACGACCUUUCUCUCGCAGUUAAUAGACUUACAGGCUCAAUCCCUCCCACUCUUGGAAAACUCAGUUCUCUCGUUGAGUUUUAUCUGAACGGGAAUCAACUUGAGGGUUCUAUACCACCCUCUGUCUAUAAUCUUUCAUCCCUCCAAAUUUUUAAUGUGCAAUACAACAACCUCAGUGGAUCCAUUUCAGAUGAUUUGGGUAAUAAGUUUCCAGAACUACAGCUACUUGGUAUAAACAGUAAUCACUUUCAUGGAUCCAUCCCAGAGUCUUUAUGCAAUGCUUCAAUGCUUGAAGGAAUUCAAUUGGGUGACAACUUUCUAUCCGGAGUAAUACCAAAAUGUCUUGGAGCUACCAUGAAGAGCUUAUCGAUACUGCUUCUCGCAGUAGGUCAACUAGAGGCAAGGAAUGAUGCCGACUGGGACUUCAUUUCUAGCCUGACAAACUGUAGUAUGCUGCAGGACCUAGAUCUAAGCAAUAACAAACUAGAAGGGGUGCUACCAAAUUCAAUAGCAAAUCUUUCCACAAAUUUAAGAUCUUUCAGCGUAUCACUCAACAUGCUAAGGGGAAAUAUACCUGAAGGAAUUGGAAACCUUGUCAACUUGCAACACUUGCACUUGGAAGGUAAUUUCCUACAUGGGAAAAUUCCUGAAUCAAUUGGCAACCUUGGGAUCCUGGGUGAACUAUACUUGUCAAACAACAGUUUAUCUGGACCAAUUCCACCAAUGCUUGGAAAUCUCACAGCAUUAAUUACACUCGACCUCAGCCAAAAUGUGCUUGCCGGUCCCAUACCAUCCAGCCUUGGAAGCUGCCCUCUGGACACAUUGAGCCUAGCAUUCAAUCAGCUUGUUGGUUCAAUACCAAAAGAGAUUUUCCUCAUAUCGACACUAUCUGAUUCCAUGCAGCUCCAAGGCAAUAAGUUAACUGGGACAAUUCCUCCAGAAGUUAGUAAUCUAGUGAAUCUUGGAUCUCUGGAUGUGUCUGACAACAGGAUAACUGGCUUAGUUCCUGCCUCUCUAGCUCAGUGUGGAAGUUUGCAGUAUCUCAUUAUGGAAGGAAACCUACUUCAGGGCACAAUUCCAGCAUCAAUGUCACAGAUGAAAGGACUUCUAGUUCUUGAUGUUUCAAGAAACAACUUGUCCGGGGACAUCCCAGUCUUCCUUGGGGACAUGCAGGGGCUCGCUACCCUGAACAUAUCAUUCAACAAUUUUGAGGGUGAAGUUCCGAAACGUGGAUUAUUUCUGAAUGCAAGUGCAGCUCUGAUCGAAGGGAACUAUGGCUUAUGUGGAGGUAUCCCCCAAUUUAACUUGCAUCCAUGCUCAAAUCAUACAUCCAAGAAGUGGUCUCACAAGAUUGUCGUGUUCAUCUCAGUAGGUAGCGCAUUUCUUUGCAUCAUCUUAGUACUAUUUGCACUAUUUGCACGACGGAAAUUGAGAAGCGAGUUUACAAAGACAAGACGGGUUCCAUCACUCCAUAGUGGACAGCAUAUGAGGGUUACCUAUGCUGAAUUAGUGAGAGCAACAAGUGGUUUUGCUUCUGAGAACCUCUUAGGCACAGGAAGCUUUGGGUCCGUGUACAAAGGAACAAUGAUGGAUGGAGAUCAGGAAGUGAUUGUCGCUGUGAAGGUGCUCAACCUCCAGCAGCGAGGGGCAUCUCAAAGCUUUGUUGCAGAAUGUGAGACUUUAAGAUGCAUCAGACAUCGAAACCUUGUGAAGAUAUUGACCGUCUGCUCAAGUAUUGAUUCCAGGGGUCUAGACUUCAAAGCUCUCGUAUUUGAGUUCAUGCCGAAUGGAGAUCUUGAUCAAUGGCAACACAGCCGUCUCCUGGAAGAUGGGAGCCAUGGCGUGCUCAGUCUUACCCAAAGGAUAGACAUUGCCAUUGAUGUAGCUUCAGCACUCGAAUACCUUCACCACAAUAAGCCAGUGCCAAUAGUUCACUGUGAUCUUAAGCCAAGCAAUAUUCUCCUCGAUAAUGACAUGGUUGCCCAUGUGGGUGACUUUGGACUCGCAAGGUUCUUGCACCAGGAUGAUACUAGCCUCCCAGAGAUAUCAAGUGGUUGGGCUACAAGAAGGGGAACAAUUGGAUAUGCUGCCCCAGAGUAUGGUCAAGGAAAUGAAGUCUCGGUCUAUGGUGAUACAUAUAGCUAUGGAAUACUGCUGUUAGAGUUGUUCACUGGUAAAAGGCCAACUGAUGGUGACUUUCUGCAAGACCUAAACCUACAUAGUUACGUCGAGAUAGCACUGAGAGACCAAGCCAGCAACCUGGCCAAUCUGUGUUUAUUAUCUUCACUGGAGGAAGGGACAACCAUGAGAGCUGCAUUCAUCACUUCAGUGCUGCACAUUGGGAUAUUAUGCUCGAAGGAACUGCCAAUUGAUCGCAUGCAGAUUGGGGAUGCUACGAGAGAGCUACUGGCGAUCAGAGACAAGUAUCGCACACACCUAUUGAGUGAAGGUGGGUCGAUUUAA